AUGACCAUUUGGACUGAACAGAUCAAGCUGGUUGUAAACACAUAUUUGGCUCGUCUCAUGUUCAUGAGUCCGCCUCAGCGUUCCCGUAUUGUUGUACCAGACGAUGAUGAGGAGAGUUUGAACUCAGUCGGACAACUGUUUCGAGACGCGGAAAUGCCCUCAUCUCAGAGUCCAUAUCAUCAUUCCCCAGAUAUAGCCUUGUCCACUCUCGUCACCGCGACCACAACAACUCCGAAUCAGACCGGUCCCGCGGUGGUCCCAAAUGUCGCGGUAUCCGAGAGUAGUCGUAAAUUGGAAAAAAUCCGAAUCGGUGUCCCACCCCGGACCACAGUCAAUGGCACGAUCGGUACCACUCGACAGGGCAGUGAUCCAGCACCGAGUAGUCAACGUGAUCGGGUACAAGAACGAUCGUCCCGGAGUCUGUUGGCCAAUGUGCUAGACUUGGACGAUGAUUUU